GUUUGGGUCAUUCUGAAGGGAUGCUGUGCCUGUCAGUUUCCCAGACAGAAGUGCUGGAGGUGCCGAAGUCUGUCCUGCUGCCCUUUAAGACCAAAGCUGACCUUCCUCGAGAUGUCACAGUGAAGUGGAGAGACUCCAACAACAUGAAGGUCCACGUGUAUGAGAGUGGAAACAAUCAGCCAGGUAAACAGGACCAGGGUUACAGAGGUCGCACAGAGAUGGAUGAAGAUCCCCUGAGAACUAAAGACCUCAGUCUGACCCUGAAACACCUCCACCCUACUGACAGUGGAGUCUACACCUGCAACAUCUACAACACAUACAGAGCCAUCCUGCUACAGAAAUCAGUGAUACUCAGUUUUAGAGUCAACAAAGUAGAGGCAGUGGAGGUGCCAGAGGGGGAGGGGUCUGUCCUGCUGCCCUUUAAAACCACAGCUGACCUUCUUCAGGCUGUCACAGUGGAGUGGACACACAACAACAUGAAGGUCCACGUGUACGAGAGUGGAAAACAUCAGCUUGGUAAACAGCACCAGGGUUACAUAGAGGUUACACAGAGAUGA